CGCUGCACCUGCGUGGAGGAGAGGAACGACUGACUCAGCUCCGGAGAAUGGCUAUGUAACUCGGUGAGGGAAAUCAGCGGCAUAAAUACUAAAUGAUCGAGAGACAGAGAGAGACAGAGAAGAAGAAAAAUGUCUGCGGGCAAACACUGCGAGGCGGUCAGGGUGGUGGUCCGUUGCCGGCCUUUCAGCAGGAGAGAGGAGACAGCAAGGUGUGAGAACAUCCUAGAGGUGGAUGACAGACUGGGGCAGAUCACUAUCAGGAAUCCAAAGGCGCCACAUGAUGAGCCGAUGAAAGUCUUCACGUUUGACUCGGUGUACGGCUGGAACUCAAAGCAAAGGGAUAUCUAUGAUGACGCUGUGAGACCUCUGGUGGAGUCUGUGCUCCACGGCUUCAACGGCACCAUCUUCGCCUAUGGGCAAACCGGGACUGGCAAAACCCACACCAUGCAGGGGGUGUCAAAGGACCCGGAGAAGAGGGGUGUCAUCCCCAAUUCGUUCGAGCACAUCUUCACCCAGAUAUCCAGAAGCCAGAACCAGAAGUAUCUGGUGAGAUCGUCCUAUCUUGAGAUCUACCAGGAGGAGAUCAGGGAUCUCCUAUGCAAGGACAACAACAAGAAGCUGGAGCUCAAAGAGAAUCCGGACUGUGGGGUUUACGUGAGGGACUUGUCUUCGGUGGUGACAAAGAACGCCACUGAGAUCGAGCACGUCAUGAACAUUGGAAACCAGUCCAGGUCGGUGGGCUUCACCAACAUGAACGAGCGCAGCUCCAGGUCUCACGCCAUUUUCCUUGUGACUGUAGAAUGCAGCGAAAGAGGCCCGGACGGCGAGGAUCACAUCCGUGUUGGAAAGUUAAACAUGGUUGACUUGGCUGGAAGCGAACGCCAGAGCAAGACGGGCGCCAAGGGUAAGCGUCUGAAGGAGGCGGCCAAGAUCAACUUGUCCCUCUCCGCAUUGGGGAACGUCAUCUCAGCCCUGGGGGACGGGAAGAGCACCCACGUCCCGUACAGAGACUCCAAGCUGACCCGGCUGCUUCAAGACUCUCUGGGUGGCAACGCAAAGACGGUCAUGAUUGCAACAGUGGGGCCCACUCACAAGAGCUUCGACGAAACCCUGGCGACCCUGAGGUACGCCAGCAGAGCCAAGAGGAUAAAGAACAAGCCUCGGAUUAACGAGGACCCCAAAGAUGCCCUGCUGAGGGAGUUCCAGGAAGAGAUCGCACGCCUGAAGGCUCAGCUGGAGGAGCGGGGGAUGCUGGCAAAGGAGAGGCGCCAGAGGAGGAGAGACAGCAAGAGACUGAGCAAAAGCCUGGCGGGUAUGGAGGAGGAUAUCCCUUGCGAGAAGGAAGGAGACGUGUGGAAGGCGGCCAAGGAGGCAGAAGAAGACGGGAGGCAUUGCCUGUUUGAGGGAGGUGACAGUGCCAAGAUUCUGACCUGCCAGGGUGGCAGUGAGAAACUGAGGAACCUAAAUCUGUACAGAAGAAGUCUGGGGGACAUGCAGUGGGAUCAAGACGCCGUGGAGAAAAUCAUCGAGAAAUACAAGGCCAUGGAGAGCAAGCUGUUGGUCGGUGGUAAGACUAUCAUUGAUCACACCAAUGAGCAGCAGAAAAUACUGGAGCAGAAAAGACAAGAAAUAGCAGAACAGAUAAGGAGAGAGAGAGAGAUCCAGCAGCAGAUGAUGUUGCAAGAUGAAGAGACCUUGGAAAUCAGAGAGACGUUCUCCUCCCUGCAGCAGGAGGUGGAACACAAGACAAAGAAGCUGAAGAGGCUGCAUGCUAAACUCCAGCUGCUGAGGGGAGAGAUGAAAGACAUUUUUGACGAGCACGUCACGACCCGACAAGAACUGGAAGAGACUCAGGAAGAACUAACCAGAGAACUCAAGUACAAAUAUCUUCUGAUUGAGAAUUUCAUUCCCCCUGAGGAGAAGAACAAGAUCAUGAACAGGCUGCAGUUUGACAGCGAGGAAGAUCAGUGGUGGCUACAACCAGUUAUUCCUUCAGAGAGUACACCCACUCAGGUCAAGAGACGGCCUCUUUCUGCGGUGGGAUACAAGAGGCCAAUCAGCCAAUAUGCACAGAUGGCUGUUGCCACCAAUACUGGGACCCCAUUUAGAUACCAGGCAGAAAACGUAAUGCUGCUGGAGUUAGACAUGUCCCCACCAACCAUGUUCACCUUGAACCUAAACGGCGAAUGCCUGGAGAGAGCCUUCACCCCCAGGCUGCUGCCGGAUCUGUCGCUAAGUGUGUGUGCAAGAGGCGCGUCGUCUUCAAGGGUCAGGAAAUCCCAGUCCUGGUAUCAGACACCACAAGCUGCAUCUGUCACAUCAUCCUCAUCCUCCACUAUUCUGGCAUCAGAACCUCAGAGCUGCUCUCCCUCUCCGAGACAAAGACCAUCCUCUGCUGCAUAUCUUUCUCUGGGAGGACCAGACCAAACAAGCCCCUGAUUUUCUGUUACAUUCUGUCUGCUGGCCUUAGUUCUUUAUGUGCCCGGUUAGAGAUGGAAGUGAAGGAGGAUCCAUUUAUAUUAAUUCCUUUUGAAGCUGAGUUUAUUUUAAGAAAUUAUAAUAAUAAUAAUAAUAAUAAUAAUAAUAAUAAUAAUAAUAAUAAUAAUAAUAAUAAUAAUAAUAAUAAUAAUAAUAAUAAAAACAUUACCUGUUAGUUUGGGAGGUAACUAAAGGUAGGAUAGUUUAACUGAAAAUGUUUGGGUUUCUUAGUUUCAGCAUGGUAUAUCUAAGCUUUUUUUAUGUUUAUUUAUUUGACAGAGUGAUUUUUGUUUUGCAUCUCUUACAGUCAUGAUAAAAAUGCAAGUGCUUUUAUGCUUAAGGAAUCUCAGAUGAAAAUGAUCAAAUAUUGGUCUUUUCACCCCUCUGCCAUUUAUUUAUUUCUUUCUUUAUUUAUUUGCCUUUUGGGUACAAAAUGGUGCACUGUGCUGCAGGAUGUCUUUGUAUUGAUUACUUGUCAAGUUAUACCUGACAGAGGGGAUGUUUUUAGCCCACUUAUUUGAAAACUACUCCCAAAAAAUGACUCCAAAAAAUACCGCUUUGCAGAAUGGGGUCGCCUGGAGCUAUUUUAGCUUGUUCAGGCGGCGUAGGGGUCAGAUUUCAGCAGAAUCAGCUGAACUAUACAGGGAUCAAACCACAAUCAACGGAAAAGGAAAGCAAUCCAAAUUCAAUUCAAUUUUACUUGGGAUUUACUUUACUUUACAUUAAAAACUUUAAAAUCAUUUAAUCGGAAAAAUUAUGCAAUCGAACAAAAUGUACGAUCAGACAAAAUAUUUUAUUGCUUGUUUGGUAAAAAUAUGUCAUAAUACAGAUUUAAUGUGCAAUCAUUAAAUCUGUAUUAAAUGUACCUAAAUAGCUAGUCAUCAGAAAGUGUAAUCUCCUCUAUUAUUCACUAUUAUUUCUAAACAAUUAGGAAUGUUUUUGCACGGUGACCAAGUGGAAAGGUACUAAUUGUAAUCUUAAAGAAGUAAUUGUUGCUGUUGUCAAUCUAAGAAAGAUAUAAGAGGGUUUUCUUGACAAAAAGAAAAAAACAAAAACACAAUGACAAAGGUGGAUUUCUCGUAGUACCUGGAACAAUGCCUUUUAGAUGUGUAACUGCUAAGCAAGGUGGUGGAGAGGUGAUGAUGUGGGCUUGCUUGCUGGCAUCACAUCUCGAGUGCGCGAAGCUGCAUCCGAACAACCCACAAAACGUCUGGAACAAAAUCUAUUCUAGCCUUAAAUGUUCCCAAAAAGAAGAAGAAGAAGAAAAAAGUUGCGCACCUUUCAGUAACUCUUUGUAGCAAUGUUUCUAAGAUGCACUCAAUGCUUUAGCAUUCUGUUUUAAUAUUUGUUUAAUAAAUAAUAUUUAAACAGAGUCACUCAUCUCAGAUUGUAUUAACCAAAUUUUUAGAGCCAGUAAAAGUUUUUUAUUUAUUUAUUCAUUUAUUUAUUUUUUUUUAUGUAUGGUUAUCAAAAUCUUAGGAUUGAAAGUCUGUCUGCUCACACAGUUGUAGAGAGAAGAAAAGAUGGCCAUGUCUCCGCCAAACACAUCAAGGCUGACCGAAUGGGAGAACAUCCUAACGUAACCCGUGUGCUAUACGAUGUUUUUGCUGCGGUGUUUGGCUAAUGUAAUUGUGAACCAAAAGUGUGAAGAAAGCUUGCAGUGCCGUCUUGAUUAGCUGCCUUACUUUUUCAUGAUUGUAAAAAGUUGACUUGCUUACAUAACAAAAUAAAUACUGA